AUGUCAAGCAAAUACGAAACAACUUCAAAGCAAAUAAAUAAGAAACGAAGUACAAUAAAGUUUAAGGAUGAAAAAGAAUUCCAAUUGGCUUUGGCAUUGACUAAAUUAAGAAAUAAAAAUAUUUGGUUAAAGUUAUUACACAAAUAUAUACCUAAUAAUGAUAUCAACUAUUUAUAUGAUAACUCUGAUAUGGCUGCUACCCACAAUGAAUGUGGUGCCGAUCUUGGGUUUUUGGUGGGUCCCGUUUUGGAUAACGUUUCGUAUGCUAAUUUUACUAAAGUUUGCAAUUUUUUGAAACUCAAUGACUCCCAAACUUUUUUAACCGUGUUAAACUGUCAGUUAGCUCAUGCUAAGGACUCGAACAUAGAUAGAAACAAUGUGUCUCUCUUUUCCAUAUUGGUAAACGAACCAUUUAUAAGGAUCAAAAAUACCAGAUCUUAUAAGAACGUUUUGAAUCUGUUUCUAUACUAUUAUUUUUCACCAAAGAAUAUAUUGAAAAAUGGUAAAAAUAAUUACAAUUUUUUCACUUUAUUACUAAUUAUUUUGUCAUUAAUUUAUUGGGGUGAAAAACAUUUGAAAAUUGCUCACCUAAAAAAAGGAAAACUGAGGGGGGAAGGAAACAUUUCAAAUGUAUUGCUUCAAGAAUACUAUGAUAAUAUAACUGAACUAGAUUUGGCAAAUGAUAAGGAAAGUAAUUGUAAUACUGAAAAAAUAUUGGAAUAUAACAAACUAAUAUUUCUAUUGUAUGGUAUUCAAAAAAUUAUAAAGAAUAAUAAGAAAAAAAGUAAUGGAAAUAUGAAAAAUACCAGCAGUUUUGAUAAUAAGAAGCAAGAAAAUAUGUUUGAAAUUUUACGGAAAAAAUGUAUUUUUAUCAUAACUACACUAAUUAUUAGUAACUAUAAAAUAAAUCAAAACAACUUAGCAUUGUUCACUGUUCAAAAGAUAACUAUUAAACUACCCAAAUAUUUAGAAAUUUUUUGCACAUAUAUUGCAAACAAUAAUAUUGAAACAGUAAAGCCAUCAAUAUUACCACAAGACAUUCAACUUUGUAAAAAAUUUGUCCAAUUAUAUAUACUUUUCAUUUUACCGAUUGUACUUGAAAAUUUUUGCAAUAAAAAAAGGGAAAAAGAUGAUAUAAAAUUAAUCCAUUCAUUGCUAAUUAUAUUAAACGAUUAUAAAAUUUUAUAUAGUUUCCAAAAAAUAAAAUCAACUUACACCAAGUUUUAA